AUGGCGUCCAAGAUCCCCAUCAUUUGCCAGCAUCGUGUAAGCGAUAAAGCAAAGAAGACUUUGGAUAUCGUCGCCAAGUUCGUUGAAGAAGAAUGCAUCCCUGCCGAUCCAGUCCUUGAAGCUCAGCUUGGCCCCGGCGACUCGAGAUGGGAGCACUACCCUAGCAUCAUUGACGAGCUCAAGCAAAAGGCCCGCUCCCUCGGCCUGUGGAACAUGUUCCUGCCCAAAGGCCACUACAAGGAGUCCCCAGGCUUUACCAACCUCGAGUACGGCCUUAUGGCCGAGUGGCUCGGCAAGUCCAAGUGUGCCUCUGAGGCUGUCAACUGUGCUGCCCCUGACACCGGCAACAUGGAGGUUCUGGCCAAGUACGGCAAUGACGCACAGAAGGCACAGUGGUUGAAGCCGCUCUUGGAGGGCGAGAUCCGCUCGGCAUUCUUGAUGACGGAGCCCCAGGUAGCUUCUAGCGAUGCGACAAACAUCGAGCUGGAGAUCCGGAAGGAGGGCAAUGAGUAUGUGCUAAACGGCCAGAAAUGGUGGUCAAGUGGAGCUGGUGACCCGAGGUGUAGCAUUUACAUCGUCAUGGGCAAGUCAGACCCGAAGAACAAGGACGUCUACCGCCAGCAGUCUGUCGUUCUUGUGCCAGCAGAUGCGAAGGGCAUCACCAUCCACCGGAUGCUGAACGUGUAUGGAUACGAUGAUGCGCCCCAUGGACAUGGCCACAUCACCUUCACGAACGUCCGUGUCCCAGUCAGCAACCUGGUCCUUGGUGAAGGUCGUGGCUUUGAGAUCAUCCAGGGCCGCCUGGGACCUGGUCGUAUCCACCAUGCCAUGAGAACUAUCGGCGCUGCCGAGAAAGCCCUCGAGUGGAUGUUGAUGCGCAUCAACGACUCCAAGAAGACCCCCUUCGGCAAGGAACUCCGCGAGCACGGCGUGAUCCUCGAGUGGGUCGCCAAGUCUCGCCUCGAGAUCGACGCCGCGCGCCUCGUCGUGCUCAAUGCGGCCAUCCAGAUGGACGACCAUGGGCCCAAGGCCGCGCUCCGGGAGAUCGCCGAGGCCAAGGUCCUCGUGCCCCAGAUGGCGCUCACCGUCAUUGACCGCGCGGUGCAGGCCUUUGGCGGCGCCGGCGUCAGCCAGGACACGCCGCUCGCGUACAUGUGGGCGGGGAUCCGCACGCUGAGGCUGGCGGAUGGGCCGGACGAGGUGCAUCUGCAGCAGAUGGGACGGAACGAGAACAAGAGGGGACGGGAGGUCACGGAGAAGAUUGCGCGGCAGGCCAAGAAGACGGAGGAGUUGUUGCAGAAGUACGGCGUGACCAGGGCGCAGCCGGGGUCCAACAUUACAAAGGCCAAGUUGUAGAUAUGACCCGUGAAGGAUCUUGUGUCACAUAGUACUGGCCAUCAAAAUUGUACACUGCGCUGUAUAGAAUUUUUCGUCAUAUUACUCGGGUCUCUAUUGAAGUAUGCUGCGUUGUUGGGUACUGAUAAGAUAUUGUCGUUCACGAUGCCGAUUGUCUCAAUAGAAUCUGUAGUAUAUAUUAUGCAGACCCCAACUUAGG